AGUAUUUAAUUUCGACACACACCAUGGAUCCCAUCACUUACACGCCGACUUCACCGCCACCGCCUUCGCCGGAAUAUUACUCCUCCGAUCUUGGAUCCCCGGUUGGUAUACCUUACCCGGGAUCGCCUAACCCUCAUUCACCUAGGCGUCUCAGUUCUUGGAUUGAUAAUUCACAGCAGGAAAAACCAAAAGCUCUGUAUCGACAUGUUGAGUACGGUGCGGUUGUUCCAUACUCCCCCUGGGAUAAUCUCACAGUUCCUGCGAGUGGACUGGAUUUCGUGCCGGAGGGAAAAGGAUUUGUACCCGGAACCUUUAUUUUUCCGGAAACCUUCUUUUUAUCUUGCUCAGGAACAUGUCUCGCGAAAUGUCAAACAUGGGUAUCUCUGUUAGAGGCACAACAUGCGGCCUAUGCAAACCAUCACUCUGAACUAGUGUUCAAGAUGCAAGAGAUGGAAGGAGCAAUGAGGCGUUUGGAAUCUCUCCCGAAAGAUUGGCUGAACUUUGAGCUAUACAAACUUGGGGAGAUGUCACCUUCGCUUAGGGCUUACUGUGCCUCUCAUGAUGGUAGUAGCUGCAAUUUUGAGUUGGAUCUUCCAGGAAUCGAUCCAAACAUCCGGAAAACUAUGAUGCUGAGGUUGAGGGUGGUACUGGUGAUGUUUAAAAUCUUGUUGGCUUAAGGAUGCCGAAGCUUAAUCUACUCAUAAGCUAAUGUUUUAGACACAUGUGUUUGUUUAAUGUGUUCUUCAACUGUCAACGCAUUUCUUUAUGACAAUUUCCUCUGUUCGAAAUCUAUAAAUCCUUUCUUAUUUA